CUCCCAAACAGGUGAAUGCGUGUGAAAACAGAUGUGCUUUAUUUUCAACUGGCAGCCUCACAGAUCUCUUCGCCUCCCAUCUCUCUCUCACACACACACACGCACGCGCGCACACGCACACACCCCACUUCUCGAUCCUUUCCUUUCUUCACUCCCGUAUCUAACCCCACCUCUUCCUUCCCGGCCCCACCCCUCAGCCCACAACGUUUCAGCACCACGAAGCGCGGACAGCUCCCUGGGCGAAAAGCGGGUCGACCAUCCCCUCUGGCUUCUGUGAUUUCUCCAGCCGAGAACCCCAGCCGCGACUUCUGCUUCUGGACGGGAGGAGGAGGGGGCGAGAAAGGUUCAACAAUGAAUGCCGCACGGAGAUCAGCUGUGGAUUCGGAGGCGACGGAGUCCCAGACAGAGACUUCCCUCAAUGCCACGGAGAUGCCCGCCAAGGAGAAUGUUUUUUCAGACAUGAAGGACAAGUUCAUGAACAAACUGGGCAAGCUGCCAAUACCGCCCUGGGCUCUGGCCACCAUCCUCAUCGUUGCCGCCGUCUUACUUCUCUGCUGCUGUUUCUGCACCUGCAAGAAAUGCUGCGGCAAGAAGAAGAAAGGGAAGAAAGGCAAAGACAAAGUGAAGGCACAGAUCAAUAUGAAGGAGGUGAAGGAACUGGGGAAAAGCUACAUUGACAAGGUCCAGCCCGAGAUAGAGGAUCUGGAUCCAUCUCUGCUGCAGGAGCCCAAGGAGGAAAAACCACAGGAGAAGUUGGGGAAACUGCAGUACUCACUUGACUAUGACUUCCAGAGCACCCAGCUGGUGGUGGGCAUUAUACAAGCAGCAGACCUCCCGGCGUUGGAUAUUGGAGGCACCUCUGACCCCUAUGUCAAAGUCUUCCUGCUACCAGAGAAGAAAAAGAAAUUUGAGACCAAAGUCCACCGCAAAACUCUCAACCCCACCUUCAAUGAGUCGUUCACCUUUAAGGUACCCUACUCUGAACUGGGCGGGAAGACCCUCGUCAUGGCUGUCUAUGACUUUGAUCGCUUCUCCAAACAUGAUGCCAUUGGUGAGAUACGUAUCCCCAUGAACACCGUAGACCUGGCACACGUGAUUGAGGAGUGGCGGGACCUGCAGUCUGCAGAGAAAGAAGAGCAUGAGAAGCUGGGUGACGUUUGCUUUUCACUCCGGUAUGUCCCUACAGCUGGGAAGCUGACUGUCAUUGUGCUAGAGGCAAAAAAUCUCAAAAAGAUGGAUGUGGGGGGCUUGUCAGACCCCUAUGUUAAAAUCCAUCUCAUGCAGGGAGGAAAACGGAUCAAGAAGAAGAAAACCACCAUAAAGAAAAAUACACUGAACCCUUAUUACAAUGAGUCCUUCAGUUUUGAAGUGCCUUUUGAGCAAAUCCAGAAAGUGCAAGUUGUCCUGACGGUUCUGGAUUAUGACAAACUGGGCAAGAAUGAAGCCAUCGGGAAGAUCUUUGUGGGCUGUAAUGCCACAGGUGCCGAGCUGCGCCAUUGGUCUGACAUGCUGGCCAAUCCUCGGAGACCAAUCGCCCAGUGGCACACUCUGCAACCUGAAGAAGAAGUGGAUGCGGUGGUUGGCAUAAAGACCUCUUGAUGCCCUUUUCCUGUUGGCCGACUUAUCCGGCAACAGUUCCAUCUCCCGUCCAGAGUGAAUGGGAGUGUGUGGGUGAGGCACCCCUGAAAAUGCGUGUGUGGGAGGGAGUAGCUGUGAGCCUGUCUCUUCUCUCAGAGACAUUUCCUGUUUGAAAAAACAAAAUCUCCAAGAGAAAAAAAAUUCCUCUGUUUUUAAUCCCCUGUGUGAAAAAGGAAGGAAACUUGAGACUGGUGAGAGAUUUGCUAUAGGUUUACUAUGAGGCGUACCAUACAAUUUAAGUAGUUUUAAAUGUUUUGGUUGCAGUUUUGAAUUUGCAUAUGAAAACUGAGCCUUAGGUAACAGUCUUAACAUUAUUGGGUAUAAAUUAUUAUUAUUGGGUAUAAAUUAUAUUACUAUGCUAGAUUUGAAAAGCAGGCCUCAGAUAAACCUUCGUUAAUCUUUUGUGUUUUUUUCUUUGGAUUAAAUUAUAGGUUUGCUAUAAGUUUCUUUAAAAUGUCACCAUUUCAUAAAGAUUUUGGAAAUUGUACUCUGGUGCCAUGUUUGAAAACUAGACCUCAUGUGUAAAUCUAUUGUCAACAAUGUUUACAAAUGUGUUUACAAUAGGUUUACUAAAGGGUUGCAACAAAUUGUGUACUUUGAUGACAUCUACAGCUUUGAAUAUUGUAUUAUACCACUGCUUUAGAAAGCUAGGUCCUAGGUGAAAUCAGAAAUCUUUUCAAACAUAUUUUUAAAAUACAUUUUCUAUAACUUGAUAAUGGUUUCAAUUAUGAUUAAAAUAGCUUUUCCUUUUGGUCAUUGUAUUAUAAAAUAUUUAAAAUCCAGACCUUGUUCAUAGAUGAAAUUGCCUAAAAUAGGGUUGGGUUGGGUCAGGAUAAGGUUGGAAGAUAUGUUGCGUGUUAGUCUCAUAAUAUAUCAAACUUCAGAAACACAGAGGUAAUAUAUCCUAAAGAUUAUAUUACAAAAUAUUCACAUAAUCAUCGGACAAUUAAAAAUUAGCUUUCAUUUUCAAAACUACUGUAUACUUAACAUACAUUUACAAUGGUGUUUUUUUUUUUUAAGAUUACAACAAUUUUAUGAAUUUUGAUGUUAAAGCAUAAUUGAGUGCUAAGCAUCAACCAAUGUAUUAAGAUGUUCACAUAUAGUUUAUUCUGCUUUAUAGCAACUUAAUUUGGGGGCUUUAUAACAGUGUUGCCAUAACCAUUGAGUUGUUUUACAACAUAGUUAACAAAUGCUUUACAACAUAUUUUCAUAAUGUUUAAUAUAGAUAUUAUAGGAAAAUUAUUAUAUACUUUAGGUGGACUUACAACAGGCUAACUACAGGUUUACUAACAACUUUUACCCACCUUACAAUAAUUUUGCUACGUUAACAGAUGUUUACAUUUUUGCUACAACCUUAAGUGGUUUAUUAUACAACUGCAGCAGGUUUACUGUUUGAUAGCCACCAGUAUGAUUUUUUUUAUAAAUGGGGGUGGGGAAACCAUUUGCAAGAUGUUUACUAUACGAUUUACAGCUGGUUUACAAUGGUUUUACAUAGGCUGAAACAUGUUUACAGCACCCUUGCUAUCAAAACAUUACGAGAUAAAUCAGAAGUGUCUAUGACCUACAGGUAAUUACAUACUAGAUAACCUACAUUAGCAAGUACAUUUGCAGCUAAAAUAUGUUUAUUUUAUAGGAUUACAAGCUUUUUUCAGUAGAGCAGAACUGAAGAGGAACCAUGAAUUCUAACCUUAAAAGCCAAUCCGUAAUUAUGUAUUUAAAUAUUGUUGUUCAAAUCUCAGAAUUCAGAUCUGAAAUAUCUGGGCAAGGUUGUGUAUUUUAAUGUACAUUUCUUCUUUUGCUGCCACAGUGCGUAUUGUGUGUGUGAGGCAAUAGGAUGCGGAGAAACCAUCUAAGAAAAUUAUCUGAUUUUGUCCUUGGGAGGAGCCCUGAAAUUCCACUUUGAAUUUCAGUUUCUCCUUGGAGUAACUCAGAAAUUCUCUUUUGAAUUUCACCUUGAGAAAAUUUGAUUUCAGCCCUUAUAAAAUCUGUCACCAGAGUCCAUAAGAGAGCAAACCUUAAAAAAAGAAUGCCAUAUUUCACAAAUUAAAACUUUUGAUAUUGAUAUUAGGAUAUGUUUCCCCUGAUUUUUCAACUUUUGACAAAACAUCCUUUCUGGUCUCAUUUGCAAUACUUUUACCAUACGUUUUAGAAAUGUAAAUUACUUUUGAGGCUCAUCUAAGUGUUUAACACUUAGUCUUUGUCUACCUGAGAGAAAAAUAAGCCUCAGGUGGUAGAAAUAUUAUCACUUGUCAGUGGUCAUUUGCAAAUGAAGUCCAGUUUUCAAAAGAAGGCACCACCCAUUUUCUUGAUAAAAUAUCAGUCAUUUUGACAGUCUUUUGCUGGUGGUGAUAUCAGCAAAAAACAUAGCUUUAUUUCUCAGGGCAUUUGUCUAGUCCUUUUUUCUCUAGGUAUUCUAGAACUAUAGAAUUAUAUUUCUAUAGUCCCUCUCUGCCCCCUACCCCAACUGAGGAAAGAUAGCUGACUUCAACUUCCUAGUUUUGGCUGCAGCAGAACUGCACCUCAACUUAUCACUCUCUUCAAGAGGCAAACAAAUCACAGUAUUAUAUUUUCUGAAAGUUUUGCUUUAAAGGAAAAACAACAGAAGUAAAAGGUAACAGGGAAGGGAAGGGUAACAGAGAGAGAGAGAGAGAGAAUGAACAUAUAUGAACUCCGAUGCAGAGAGAUAGUGAGGCCAUUCACACAAUCAAAAACUGUGUUCUUCCUAGAUUUGAUUGUGUGGAAGCAAGGUAGGAGAAAAAGCUACCCAGGCUUUCCUCCUACCUUGCUUCCACACAGUCACUUCUAGGUUUUCUUCUUACCUUGCUUCCACUCAACUGAAAAUUGGCAGCACUCACAGCUCCCAAACCUGGGUAGAACACAGUUUUUGAUCAUGUGAAUGUCCUCAGUCUGUUGGUAUUGAUCUCCUCUCCUGUGACUGUGAAGGUUUGGUCCUCCACCAUCUUCUCCCACAAACUAGAGUUAAACUGGUUUCCAGUUCAUUGCAGGGGGUAGGAUAGGAAGAUAAUUACCAGGACUGAACAGCACUGGGAUGGGAGAAGCCACUUCUAUAGAUUAUCGACUUGUUCUGGUACACCUUAAUAAAGCCUUUGCCAUGAUGAGAGGUGACAAACCUAUACAGGCCAUAGUCUACACAGGAUUGCCAACCCUCCAGGAUUGGCCUGAAAUCUCCAGGAAUCAGCAUUAAUCUGCACAUGACAAAUGAAAACAAUCCUGGAGAUGUUAAUUGCAUGAUAUAGUAAAAAGUACUGUACGGGGAAUUGUGUGGGGGGAAUUUCUGAAAAUAGCUUCAGUCAGUUGGCAACCCUAAGUCCACUUAAGUUACAAACGCUUCCAGAGAAGCAUGUAGAAAAGCUACAUGUAGAGCCUGUAGAUUUGCCAGAGCACUUGGAAAAUAAUGAUAGAGAUACCCAUUUUUGUCCACAGUCUGCAAAAUCUCCACACCAUUCCUGGGAAAUUCCCAGCCCAAUCCCAAGUAACUCUCCAAGCCCAUUCUCACAUUACUUCCCUCAGAUUUUGCAAAUAUGGAAGCAAUGCAUCUGUGCUCCUAGAAAAAGGGAACAAUAAUAAUAAUGUAUCAAAUAGUAACACAUGGAUUUCAUGUCAAAAAACACAUAUUCACACCUGUUUGUGCAAACUAGAGUUCCUUCACCUUGUAACAGAACUAUUGAUCCAAUCAAUGUCAGUUUGUAACCAGUGGAUUUCUUAAAACGAAUAACUUCCUGUAGAGAUACAGAAAUAAUUCCCCUUCCAUGCUGUGGAGAAGCAUUUAAAAAAAACCAAAACCAAAAAAGAAACCAACCAACCAACAAAAAGACUAGGCCAAGUUUGGUUGCCCAACUCAGGGGCACAGUGGCCAAUGUUUUGUUGCUAGAGUGUUUUUGUAUUUGCAGUGUUGAUAUAAUUGCACAUUCAUCCCCAUCCAUUUCAAUUUAGAAUAUUCUCUGCUCUGUUGACUUCCUUGAAUUCAUCAUAAAUCCAGCCUUACCACCAAAUCUCUCUUAUUUUCAACAGUUAGAGAGGUGAAACAUUCAAAAUGUUGCUUUCCGAGCCAUGAGGAAAUACUGUUUAAAUAUGCCUCACCAACACAUAUUUCAGGUGGCUUAAAUGCCACCUUAUUUUCCUUUCCCUCAGAGACCUUGGUGAGUAGACCAAGAAGAUGGCCUUUUAAGAUGGCUGCCACUGAACUAUUGCUCAGUAAUGUUACUGUCCAUCCACUGAUCCCAGCUGUUAACAAGUUAACCUUCCCAUUCCCUGCUAACAUCCAUCCUCCACCUUUUGGCAUCAGUAGGCAUGCAGAUGCCUAGGUCAACAUGUCCACCAUUGAAAAUAGGCCACCUUCAAGUUUUGAGGAGUUGUGUAAUUGUAAUGCCUGAAGGGAUUGUGUACUUAAGUGCAGAAGGCUUUGUAACUUUGGUGUGUGUUGUUUCUAUCCCCUUCAGUCCUCUCAACCACCCCUUUUAGUGGUACUGUCCUUUCAAAGCUGCCUCCACUCCCUUUUUGAAACCAGUUUUAAUAUUCAUGUAUUUGACCAAGCGGUACUCUUGUCUGUUAAUAAAUAAGAGAUCUCUAUA